GUGGAUGGGCGGAGUGGGGAGGAAGAAGGCACAGGAGGUUGGGUUGGAAUUGGAUGGGAACGCCGGAACGGCACCGAUUCCUCUCCGCAGCAGCACAAGGCCCCGUGCGGCCGUGCCGGCUUCCCCUGCCCCCCGUCUCUCUCUCCUCCAUCUCCUUGCUGACACCUUUGCGUGCCCUGUGGUUCUGAUCCGAUCUAUCCAUCAUCCAAGGCCGCCUCCAUCCUGUCCCUGCUUCUCGCGCGCGCAUGCACGCUAGGAGGGAGGAUAGGAAUGGCGACGGAGGUAAACCGGGACGCCAACGCUGACGACCCUCCUCUGCCGCAACCGGCCCCUUCCCCGUCGUCGGAGGGGAAGGAUGCCAACAACAUCAGGGACAGGGUAUCCUUCUCGUCGUCCUCCUCCAGAGCGGCCCGCCCUUCGUGCUGGGGAAGCAUCAGAAUCAUUCAUCGGUUUGGCCGGAUCCGGAGCCGGAGCCUGAGCAGAAUGGGCAGCGACGAGCACGACACGCGCGCAAGCCUCGGGGGUCGUGGGCGCCGCUGCGGUUGCGGUUGCGUUUGCAGCGGCGGCAAGGCGGGUGCAGCGGUCGGGCCGACGAGGUCCCUCCUCCAGCGCAACGAUUUCUACUGCGACGAUUGCAACACGCACGCGUAGGAGACGUCCCUUCAGCUUUCUGCUGCUUCAUCAGAUUUUGCCCAUGGUGUAUGUUGUGCAUCUGAAUCUGAUCAGGAGCGAUUCAAGUUUUGUAGUGCUUCAUCAUUUUAGAUAGCCGGUGUUUUCGCUAUACUGUUUCAGUUACGUAUUUGUUGCCUGAAAUGUCCGUAGUAGCAAUCAUUUAGGCAGAUCAGUUUAUCCUAGAACAUGAAC